UUCGCUGAGCUAUUUAGGGUUUUAGCAAACGAAAAUCUCGCACACAGCUUUGAUAUUGCUACAGUUUGGAGCUGGGUUUUGAUUUUGAGUUUCAGAGCAAUUAGUAGCAGAAGCUAAGAUGGAGCACGGUUCGUUCACGAAUGAUCGCAAUGCUUCAUUUAAAUUGCCACAAGAAGAUCACACACUUGCUAACGCCGUUCGAUUCGUGUUAAACCAAGAUCCGAGAGUAGUUUCGACUGGAUACAGCAUUCCACAUCCUUCUCUUGAAUGUGUCAAUAUCCAGGUCCAGACAACAGGUGAUCCGGCAAGAGAGGUUUUCAAAGAUGCAUGUCAAGAGCUUAUGCUCAUGAACAGACACGUGAGGAGCGUUUUUGAGAAGGCGGUUGCAGACUAUAAAGCUGAUGAACAAGAGCGUUUGAAGGAGGCUAAAGAAGCGCUUAAGGAUCAAAUGGAGUCCAUGGACAUUGAAAAAAAUAACUGAGUUUUAGGGAAACAAACAUUUUGUAUCAUCUAUAGAGCUUGUCCUCUCUUGAUCUUAAAUCUACAUUUGUCGACCCCCGUUACUGAUCAAUAUAUUGUCAAAUUCACAAAA